AUGGCCUCAGACGUGGUGCUGGAUGGGGGAUACAAGAAGGCGAAGGUAUGCUCCAUACAAUGCACAGACCGGUAUCACGAUUCCAUCCGUCACCGGGCCUUCCCAAAUCCGACAGGCCUCCUCAAUGUCCGGCUUCCAUCCAUCCUGGGAGUCCCAUCGUGUCAUCACUUCGAGGCACAUGGCACUGGCACCAAAGUCGAGGAUCCUAUCGAAGCUGCAGCCGGUUCUCCUCAGUAG